CAGAGAGAGAGAGAGUGAGAGAGAGAGAGAGAAAAAAUCAGAGAGAGGGAGAGGUGUGCCAGGCAGACCAAGUAAAAAGUGUGUGUGUGAACUGGGAUGAGUAAAUGCACAGAGCAGCUUAGCUGUUGAAACAGCCAGAGAAAGAGAGAGAGUGUGCGAGAGAGAGAGAGAGAGAGUGUGUGAGUGAGGGAGAGAGAGAGAGCACAAAGAGAGGGAGAGAGAGGGUGAGAGAGAGAAGAAGUAAAAGGGUGGAAGAAGCAGAGAAGAAAAAGGGAGGAUACUACAACUACAACUAUGCUGUGCUGCAUAAGAAGAACCAAACCGGUGGAGAAGAAUGAGGAUGCGGACCAAAAGAUUGAACAGGAUGGCACCACCAACAAACCCGAGGAUAAGGCCCACAAGGCUGCCACCAAAAUACAGGCUAGCUUCCGUGGACACAUAACUCGGAAAAAGAUGAAAGGCGAUGAAGAGGAAAAAGAUGGAGACAGUCCAGCUGCUGCCGAUGAAGCAACAGAGGGAGGAGAAGUGGAAAAGAAAGUAAACGGAGAAGAGGCACCCGCCAAGGAUGAGGUGGCCGCAGCGGAGGAGCCCAAGAAGGUGGAGGAGACGAGCCAAGCCAAAAGCCCCGUGGCGGAUAAAGCUGCCAACUCUCCCGUUGCUGCCGCUGCUUCACCUGCAGCCACAGCAACAUCUCCUGUAGCGGCUGCCCCUGCUGCUACCUCUCCUACGGCUGAACCCCAAAAAGAGGAACCCAAACCUGAGGAAAAAGUUGAGGAGAAGCCCAAAGAGGUGGAGGCCCAUGUGGCGGCAGCCAAGAGCCCCACCACAGCCACGGCCGAGGAGAAGAAGGAGGAGGAAAAAAGCGAAGAGAAAAAGGAGGAGGCCAGACAAGCCGACGUGCCUGAUGCUGUCAGCACGACAGCAGAGAAAGAGGAGACCAACCAAACGAAUGAUAAACAAGAUGCUGCAGCUGAAUCUAAAGCAGAGGAAGCCACCCCUGCAGACGGAGCGGCAGAGGCCACCGAGUCCAAGGAUGACUAAGGCCAAGUCAAACUUAACGAAAGCAGAAAUAAGAGUAUGAAGAAUAACACAAAAACAAAAAUCUAAAAGGUUGCUCUUUGCCUUCCUCAGUAAGAGGGCAGUCCGUUUCUAUUUGUUUGUCAUUUUUUGUGUGGCAAUGAUUUUCUCAUGUUGGGGGAGUUUCCAGCGUGAAGUUUUCUGGCUCAAGCUAAUAGUAUGAGAAAGUGCUGGUGAUGAUGAUGUUGUUAAUGAUUGUGUAAAAUGCUUAUAAUGAUAAUGAUGAUGAUGAUAAAGAUGAUGAUGGUAGGGAGGUGAAUUUGGUUAGAUUCAUCUUGACUAUUUAAUGUAUGUGAGUUAUCGAUGGAACCGCUGAUCCCAACUGGAUCAUCACACAUUUAAAAGGCUUUGCCAAUGCACACCACACUUCCUUUGCAUUGCAAUGCACUUUAUUUGUCACAUUUCACAAUUUUGAUCCGUUCGGCAAAAUGCACGCACAAAAGCAAACCGGUUUUUAACGCAACCCACGUUCUCGGUAGAACACAAGUGACCCCGAGAACUCAGCAAAGUAGUUGAAGCUCGAAGAAAUUGGACGAGAAUAGAAUGUAUAACUAAAUGUGCGACCUCUCCAGUUGGGCAGCUUUUUUCAUAAUACAAAAAAAUCCACGUAUAUACAUAGGAGUGUCACUGUUUCUCUGUUCUGCUUGAGGCAUUCAAGCCUGGUUUACACCCAUUUUAACAAACUCUCUGUUUACUCACAUUUAUAGCAAAGGACCUGUUGCCAUUUGAAUGACUAGAUCAUAUGAUAAACUAUAGAAAUCUGCUAUAGUAUUUAUGUAACUCGGCUCUUACAUGACAAUUUGUGUUCUGCCAACCAAUCGUGAGAACAGUAGCAUGAACCAUCGAACCAGAUGCAUGAUGGGAACUCUCCCUCUGAGAGGAACUUUUUCCGCAGUCACAAAAACGUAAGAGGUGUGGCGGCUUCUUUUUGAUGUCUUUGGUGUUGUUAUGACAGUUUAUAUGAAUUGGAAAAAAUACUCUUGCACUGAUGUUAUGAAAAAAAAAUCUAAAGAAAAUCAAACAAAUGAGCAAACAACAAAAAAAAAAAAACUUUUCCUAUGUUUCAGUGAGUGCAAUGUCCAGUUUCAACCUUAUCUAAAAGUUCAAACUUGUGAGAAAAACAUGAAAAAAAUGGUUUCAAUGUCUGUUUUCAAAAUAAAGCAAAUGUGCCAAUUA